AUGUCAUUUGUAGUUGUGGAGUUUCUGGAUGAAAAGGCAGUUGAAGUUGUUCCCAAGUCAUGGAUAAUGCAUAAAGAAAAAGGUCUGUUUUGUUACUGGCCUCCAGGGGCAGGUGCUGCAGCCAAGGUGAAAAAGGAAGAAAUCCCAGAUAAAGAAAAAUGGAAUUCAUACGAGAUAAGGAUUUUUUCAUCUGCAGAAACCUACAGCAAGGCCCAGGAACUGUCCAGGAGAGCAGAGGUUACGUCAAAUGUUGAAACAGAACCUGAAGGUCCAAAAAGCAGAGCUACCAAAAAGCCUGCUAGAUAUGACUUCUCAGAUGAAGCUGAUGAUGAAGGCGAUAAUCCUGAGUUCUCCCACACUCCAUCUGUAGCUGUUCUGCCACAAUCUCCUCACCUAAAUGUUGGACUUUCCAAAACAAGCUCGCAUCAUACCAAACACUCAGUUGUUCAUGAAAGAUUUUCCUCCCCAGAAUGGUCUGAUGCAUCCUUCAAAACCAGAUCCUCAUCACGGUCCUCAGAAAUAAUACAUGUUAACGCACAAGAUUUGAAAAAAAAAUACACAUCAGCUUCAUCAGACCGAGGUGCAACAGAACUUGUACCUGUUUCACAGACAGAGUUUGCAGAGUUCAAGAGCGCUGUAAUGGCAAACUUCAAGACAAUCCAGGAAAACCAGCGGCUGAUGUUAAGCUGCCUACAGUCUUCUUCCAGUGGGCUAGGGGAUGAUGUGGAGGAUGUACUGCCAGCUCUAGUAAGCAGCUUGGAGGAACUGGAUGACCUAAACUCUAAAUUGGCUGAUCAAUCUUUCAAAAGGAAUUUGGUAAAAUAAAAAUGUAUAAAUUUGAAUAUGAGAAAGUUUCAUGAUAUUUUGAAUAUUGAUAUAAGAUUAUUUUUGUCUUGAAGAAUCAUAUCUUCUUGUAUUUAUGGUCCUACUAUUAUUUGUUGCAGACACUGUAUUUGUCAUCUUUUGGAGGGCACAGCCUUG